AUGAAAUUUGACCAAAAGGGAAUUCUGGCCGAGUGGUUAAGACACCUCCAACAAAAAGGCACCAACGUGGCAGAGCUCUUGGAAAACGAGAAAAAGCAAGUGCAAGCCGUCCAACAGAUAGUAAACGAGCUCAGCAAAGCAGGGAUCUCAGCCAGAGUGGUCACCCAACAACAACUCGUACAGUACCUCCCGGACACUGAUUUAGUGAUCUCACCCGGUGGAGAUGUCACUUUUCUGGCAGCCGCCUCGGCAGUCAGUGACCAAACCCCAAUUAUUGGAAUUAUACUUUCUUCUGAUUCACUCAUUCACUUUUACUUUCUCAUGAUGUCAUAA